GGUUGUGACGUUACUAUCUUUCUGCUGAGUCAUCGGCUCCGUCACGGUGGACUUGAACGCCUCCUUGUUCCGCGCCUUCGUUGACACGGGAAACCCAUGUUAUGACGGAAUCAGGACCGCCUGUCGUGACACCCCCAUUAUCAACAUUGAAGCAGAAGAAGAGGAAAGUUUUCUAUGAACACGGCAAGGAUUCUUUGGAGCUAGCGGUGUCAAUCGGCAAGACACAGGAGGAUAAAGCGUUGCUUAAGGCUGAGAGACAUCAUCAACCGCAGGCUGGUCAGCCCCGAUCCGAGCGUACACAUCAAAAAAGCAGGACAAAAAAGAAAUUGGAGGAGGUAAAAGCUACCAUUGCGAACCAGCGGGCUCGGCUGAAAAGGGAGAAAAUAAAAAAGCGCAAGGAGCGUCCGGUGCCCGCGGUCCAUCAAAAGUCAAGCCCGUCAAGUAACGCACAGGAUCGUGCGCCUCGUAAGAGGGUGUCCUUUGCUUAGGCUUUGACGUAUAUUUUACAUUUUUCUCGAUCAAUCAAGUGCAGUGACAAUCAGCCCGAAGUGUCUUGCCGUCGCCGCUCGUUAGCAAUAUGGAUUGGUACCGCUGAUAAAAAAAGGUUGUAUUCGGUGUGUGGCUGGCGCCAUCAAGGAGCCGAUGCUUGUUAGACUUAAAUGUCUCCUGUAUCGCUUCUAUAACCGGUGAAUAUGGUUAUGGGUCAUGGCGUUCAGGACCGCUAUAUUUAUCGCGAUCGAUGUAAACAUAAAUGCCGC